AUGAAUACGCUCAGCUUGAUAUGGGUUUGGUAUUUGUAUGCAAUGCGUACAUUGCUCGCACGCCUCGAAAAUGGAAUGGAAUACUUUGCCCUCCGUGUAACAAAGCAUCCAAAAAGAAUCUUGUUGAUCUCAGCUUUGGUUAUAGGCUUAAGCUGUCUAGGGCUCAUAAGAUUCCGCUCAGAAACAAGAACUCGUGAACUUCUUGUGCCCCAAAACUCAGUUUCAGAGUCUGCACUAAAUGAAGGAAAGCCCUUUUUCCGAAACAUCUUCAACGCAAGAGCUGAAGAGAUACUAUUCACCCCAAAGAACGGCCAAAAUAUUCUCUCUAAAAACUGUUUGCCGGAAAUUGUUUCUGUUCUUAAGGAAAUUGCUUCAUUACCAGGAUACAAAAGACUUUGCUACCCAGUACCAAAGUUUCUGAAGAAAGAGCAAAAUGCUUCAAUCAGCAAUUCAGUUUGCCGACAAGUGAACAUUCUAGAAAUUUUCGCAAAUGAUACCAGCAACGAUACUCUAAUUUAUGAAACUUUUAAAAAAGCGAUAUCGAGUCCUAGUUUGCUAAUGUCAAAUGGACGGAGUACAGCAGUCAAUGUACAAGAAGCUCUUGCUGGCUUCAACUUAAAUACUUCGGCACAAACUGUUAAUGCGAAAGCUAUUCGAACUGUGAUGUACAUGAAACAGGAGACUGAAACAAAGGAAAUCAUGGAAUGGGAAAAGUCGUUUCUUUCUUCAUUGAAGCUGGCAAGAGGAUCAUUAAAAAACGUAAGCGUUUUUUUCUCUGCCGAAAGAAGUAUGGAUGAUGCUAUUGGAGACAGUUCCUCGCAUGAUAUUGGCCUAAUAAGUGUGACGUUCACCAUCAUGUCAACAUUUGCUUGUCUAGUUUUAUCGAAAUUUGUCAAUCCGGUACAAGGACACAAUUUGUUGGCUUUCUUCGGAGUAGUAUCAACUGCUUUAGGUAUUCUAUGUGGCAUUGGGCUGACAAUGUUAUUUGGCAUACCAUUCAUCCGACUAGUUGGUGUCGUGCCCUUUCUAGUUGUAAGUGUUGGAAUAGAUGACAUGUUUAUUAUCGUGGAUGAAUUUGAUAGGCAGUCUCCAAAAUUUGCUCCACGAAGGCGGGUGUCUAAUGCUAUUGCCAAAGUCGGGGCAACAAUCACUAUGACAACAAUAACUGAUGUGAUUGCCUUCUUUAUUGGGACAUCAAGUGCAUUUCUUGACAUCAAAUAUUUCUGCAUAUAUACUGCAAUGUGCAUCAGUGUCGAAUUCCUGUUCCAAAUAACUGUUUUUGUUGUAUUUCUGUUUCUUGAUGCUAAACGAAUCGACAUGAAAAGAAGUGCUUGUCUGCCAGUUCUGAAUGCUCCUGAUAAAAAUUGUAUUAACAUGAAAAACAAUGCACCAUUUUCAGCGAGAAUACUGAAGGCUUACGGAAACAGUCUCUUGAAAUGGCCGGUAAAAUGUUUCGUUAUUCUUCUCACAAUAGCAUUGGUCGCAAUGGGCAUUUUUGGGUGCAUAAACGUGGAUACUCGUUUCAAUAGAAGGACAUUGGCCAUGCCAAAUUCAGAGUUUUCCAAUUAUGUAAAGGUGCUUGAAAGCAAUUUUCCUUUAACCAUUCCUGUAAACAUUCAGGUGACGAGCAAGGUUAACUAUUCAGACCCUCGUGUAAGAAAGGAAAUUGCAAGUUCUGUGCGGAUCGCCUACGAAACUGGUUACUAUCUCAACCGUAAUCUUUCUUGGGUUCAUGCAUUCGAAGAAUACUGCAACAAAUAUGCAAUAAAGGCCGAUGGCAAAGGUUUCAAAAGUGCUAUGCAGAAGUUCCUGUCGAUUCCUCAAUAUAAGCAGUUCAAAGUAGAUAUUAGAUUUGAUAGAAAGGGUGACAUUGCAGCUAGCAGAGUCAUGGUUUACUACAAAGAUACAAGUGAUUCUAACAAUCAAAAAGAUGCUAUGCUGAAAAUUCGCCGUGACCUUAGUAAGCAAAGCAAACUCAAGUUUUCUGUCAUAGGAGAUCCGUUUGUCUACUUCGAGCAGUAUGCGGUCAUCGUGGAGGAAGUAAUCAGGAAUUUGAUAUGUGUAUCGGCUGUUAUCGCUGUUGUGCUUAUACCAUUUUGCAUUCAUCCAUUGAUCAUAUUUUUCAUCCUUAUUGGCUUCGCAUCCCUGGUUGUGGAACUAUUUGGCUUAAUGUAUUUGUGGGAUGUACAAUUAAACACAAUAACAAUGAUAACUUUAGUGAUGUCUCUUGGUUUCACAGUUGACUACAGUGCUCACAUUGCACACGCCUUUGUCAUAUCUAGAGAACAUACGGUAAACGGGAAGAUAAAAGAGGCACUCACUACAAUUGGUGGUAGCGUGUUCCUGGGCGCAGUCAGCACUUUUCUUGGUAUGGUUCUCAUUGGUUUUGCUGAUUCUCCUAUAUUUCAGAUCUUCUUUAAGAUGUUUGUUGGAAUAGUUAUAUUUGGCCUUUACAAUGGUAUGGUGCUGCUCCCUGUUCUUCUAUCUAUUUUCAAAAGAUAUGUUGAUUUUGACACAAACAAAGACUUUUCAAUCAAAGAUUCGCAAAGCCUCCUAUGGAAAUAUAUCUUUGGAGUAGAUCCAAAAAGUCGUCAUAAGGCUAUGGCUGGAAAAAGAAGAAACGUAUCCAUUACCGGGAUGUCAGCACGGUUCCCUACAGCGAGAACUAAAGAUGAAUUUCAUGGCUUGCUAAGAGAAGGUAGAAGAACAUUAGGCGAUUACCCAGAAGGAAGAUACGGAAGAAGAAAGCAUUUCUUGGAAUCAUUCAACCCAAUACGAUCGGUUCCUGGCAAGAUUUAUGUUACAAGAGGCUCAUAUCUAGAAGAUGUUAGCAAAUUUGAUUACACGUUCUUUGGGAUAUCUGCUUCGAGGCCAAGGUAA